AUAAAUUUUCAUUCUAUUUUUGAACUCUUGCAAAUGAAUUGUUUACAGCGCACCCACUGGUGAUAUUCUGCACUAAAAUUCGCCAACAGCAAAGAACUGCUGACAUUGGUCACUGAAGUGAGGAGUAGUGUGGUAUAUCUUCUCACAGAAAAGUAUUGUAUAAUGAUUUCUUUUAAAUGAUGUUAUUUUCGUUUAAUUUGACACUUAAUUCUGUGGAAAUAGUUAAUUGGAAAAUUGCAUCUUACGAACGGCACACCGUUUAAACGUUCCUAAAAGAAAAGGCCUUCCCUUAACAAAUUGGCCCGUGUGUUUGUGCUUCUAGACUUGCUGACAAGCACAAGAAGUUCUCGGUAGAAGUAAAUGAAUAUUAUGGCAACUGCUGUUCAAAAGAAUAGCAUGAAGCCACUUUCCAAUGGGAACAACCUAAUUGUACAUCGGGAGGUUAAGGAAAUCCAAAAUAUAGACGAUUAUACCAACAUAGGACAAUGCAUAGAUAGUAAUUACACGGAACAGUUCGAGCAAGUGCCGAAUGAAAACAUUACGGAGCAAAUCGAAUCUGAAGCGGAACCGGAAAUUGAUAUUGUAAUAAAUAAUGUAGUGUGUAGUUUUAGUGUGCGUUGUCAUUUAAAUCUUCGCGAGAUUGCUUUGACUGGUAUGAAUGUCGAAUACCGACGCGAGAACGGCAUGAUUACGAUGAAAUUACGUAGACCAUAUACUACCGCGACGAUUUGGUCUUCGGGUAAAGUCACGUGCACCGGUGCUACUAGUGAGGAUCAAGCUAGAAUUGCUGCGCGUCGAUUCGCUCGUUGUUUACAAAAGUUAGGGUUUAAGGUACAUUUUAAUAAUUAUAGGGUGGUCAAUGUUCUUGGAACGUGCUCCAUGCCUUUCGCCAUUAAAAUAAAUUCGUUCUCAGAGAGACACAAAGAGGCUGAUUAUGAACCUGAAUUACAUCCUGGCGUGACGUACAAACUGAAAGAUCUAAGAGCAACUUUAAAAAUAUUUUCUACUGGCAGUGUCACUGUGACCGCUCCGAGUGUGGCAGGUGUUCAAGCGGCCAUCGAAUACAUAUUUCCACUUGUCUACGAAUUUCGUAAGGAACGUACGGCCGAAGAAAUAGCGAUGCUGCACGCCGUUAAAAAGAGACGCUUGGCAGGCGGCAUUAGUGUCGACGUAUAUAACGGUCCGUGCAAGGGAGAGAACGAUAACACCGAACAGACGGAAUGCGAGACUGAAGAUACAUGGUAAUAUUCCCAGUCGCGUUUUGGUCACUGCCACAGAAAUGAUAAUGUGCAAGCGGAUUAUAUUUUUAUUGUGAUUAAAAGCAAUUAUUGACAUUAUGAAAUUUAUUGUUUUGUUUAUAAUGGAGUUGGUGGUUUUAAAAGUAGUAAAUUUCUACUAAAUUUUUUAUGAAAUUAAAAUUUAGUUAACAUUUAAUGGUGUCGAUUUUUAAAAUCAUGAACUCGAAAGUAUUUAUGUACUGUUACUAGUAAAUAUAGAUAGCAUCAUUGUUCAUUAUUUAACACAAAUCAUUAUUUAUUGUACAUUUUCUCAAGCAUACAUACAUAGAGCUGUUAGACUGAGCAUAAUAAUUACUCAAAUUAUUUGUGAUUGUUUUAGAAUGAGUAUUUUUCAUUUUAACUCUGUGUAACAAUUACACAUAUUAUACAACUUGUGUCAAGUAAUAAAUUUCGUACAUUUUAUUCUUGCAAAAUUACUCGAAUUUGAUAUUAAGACAAUUUUAGUUUUUAUACGCAGAAAUUGAAUUAUAAAUAGCUGUAAAGAAUUACCUUUAGGCUCAUUAAUUGUAUAUCGACCUUUUAGUUUGAUUAGCAUAUGCAUGCAAGUGUCUGCUCUGAAAUGUGUUAGUAAUACAGGGUGAAAACAAUGUAAAUUCUAAAAAUGAGGUGGUUAAACAAAUACGAAGGGUUUCAGUGAAACGCUUUACAAUUACAUACUGCUUCACUCUCGUUUUGAUAUUUAUGUAGCGUAGACUCAAUGUAAAUAUUUCAUUUUAUUUACUUACAUAGUGCUUGAAGACCACAUUGCAAUUUAACUAUAGAAAAGCGUAAUGAUUUAUAUUAUUGGGUGUAUCUAAUUUAGGGAAAAGGAAUAAGAGUUUUAUAAUCUGAAAAAGGCCAGUUUGUACAUCAAUAAGCAUUUGACUGCCUAUCUCUAGCUCGAUAGUAAUUUAAAAUGUAGGUAACGAUUUAUAGCGAGAUAUUUUGUAGGAGAGUACUUGCUUGCGUUAAAAAAAAAUUAAUCAAAUUUGUCGACGAAAGGCCUAACACGCAAAAUUCGGGCCUCGCAUUACAAAAUGAUGUGUUCUACUUUAUAUAUCAAUUCCAUUUUUUGAUAUUUCUCUUUUAUUAUCUCAUAUUUACAUAAAUCGUUCUUUUUAUACUUAUCGUUGGGUAUGUUCAGUUGUUAAUUACCUUUCGAGUAUCAUCAUGUCAUUUUGAAUAAUAUCUACAUAAGCAAUUUUCGAUCCCCGUGCGCCUUAACUCUCAAAUCAAUAAUUAUAUAAUAAUAAAUUGAAGUAAGUAAUAAGAUUAAUCUGUGUUAUUGUAAAUAUUAUUUAUAAGCAAAAGUGCAGGUCGGCAUUUAAUUGAUGUUGCAUUCUUGCUCACAUUGUGACAUAUGUUUUAUCAUGAUUGAAAACAUUCGUUGAAAAUACUAAGCCAUCAGUUUUUAUUUUACCUCGGCAAGCUUGGUAUGUUCGACAUACUCGUCCAACUGUAUCUUUGUUCCUUGUGGAUGUUAUAUGUGUAAUCAUGUUUACCAAAAAUAAAUUUAGUUUAGUUGUAACGAACUGUUUUUAUGUUAUUAUUCUUAUUGUAAUUCAA